AAAAUGAAGAAGAAGCCCUAGAAUAAUCCAUAGAAGAUCAGACGAUCUAUAUAUCGAUCAUGAGCUUAAACAGCAGUAGUACUAGUAGUGGCGGCGGCGGAGGUGGCGGCGGCGGUGGAGGCGGAGGCGGCGGCGGGGGACCAUGCGGGGCAUGCAAGUUCUUGAGGAGGAAGUGCGUGGCGGGAUGCAUAUUUGCUCCGUAUUUUGACUCAGAUCAAGGAGCGUCGGUGUUUGCAUCUGUUCAUAAAGUGUUCGGAGCUAGCAACGUUUCCAAGCUCCUCCACCACAUUCCGCCGCACAAGCGCCUCGACGCCGUCAUCACCGUUUGCUUCGAGGCUCAGGCCCGCCUCCGAGACCCCGUCUACGGCUGCGUUGCUCACAUCUUUGCUAUUCAGCAGCAGGUGGUGAACUUACAGGCGGAGCUUUCCUACUUACAAGCCCACUUGGCCAGCCUCCAGGUUCCGACGCCGCCGCCGCCACCGCCUAUGUCGGCGAUGAACAUUGCAGACCUCUCCACUGCGUCUCCGGCCUAUGAUACUCUUUCGUCUCUCUUUGAUCCAACGUCGUCGAUGGUGCAACCAGCUGCAUGGCCGCCGCCGCCGCCCAUGCAGCAGACGCGCCACCUCGGAGGUGCAGCUAACAGGGAUCCGGCGGCGGAUGGCAUGUCGUCGUCUUCGCCGCCCGCCGGUUCCGGUGUUCUUCAAGAACUGACGCGCCACCUUAUGCGUAGGCCGCCGCAGGGGUGUUAGGGACAACAACAUAAAACAUAUAUGAUAUCGAUGCUGCGGCCUCUCAUAGUCUGAUCUACCAUUCUAUUUCAUCUUCAAAAUCAGCUAAUUAAAAACCUUAUUUUAAUUAUGAAGUAACUUAAUUAGUGACCUUUUAAAUCCGGCCUAUUUGUAAUAUUCUUGUACUUAAAUGACAAUUUCAUUAAUUUCAUACUAAUAAUAUUAUAUUUCAUAUAU